GAUUAAUUGAUUGUCAUCAAAUGUUUGUUUCCAGUAAAAAAAAUUUGUCAGAAUUUUUGAUGGACAUUUUUUUUAAUUAUUAGUGAAUAAUGUUUACGAAAAGUUUCUCUGAAUGAAAAUCAUCAAAUGAAUCCGAAUCAUCAUCAUUUGAAUCAUCAGUUUUGUUUUUUUGUUUUUUCUGUUUUUUCCUAGCUAAUAAUGCAGAAUGUUUAGAGGACUUUCAUUUUUCCUAGUCACCAUCAAUCUAUUAUCAUGUCAUAAUAAUCGAUUGAAAUCACAUUUUCUUUCACGUUCCAUUGGAACGUUACAUCAAUUAUCAUCAUCACCGUCAUCGUCAUCAGCGCCAUCUUCGUCAGCGCCAUCAGCAUUAUCAUCAGCAUUAGCCAUUAAAAAUUUAACAAAUUUUCGUUUUUAUAAAUCAUUAAAUUCAUUAUCACCAUUAAAUGCAUAUCCAUUAUUAGUAACUGGUUCGAUUAAUUCAAUUAUAAAUGAUCAAUCAUCAUCUGCAUCAUCGACAUAUGAUUCAAAACAGGUAUCAAAUACAUUAUGGAAUCUAUUAAGUAUAGCUAGAUUUAUAUUAUCAUUUCCACAAAAAUGUCAACAUCAAAAUGAACAAUAUCAAUGUACAUUUGGUAUAACAUGUUGGAUGUCUGGCCAACGUCCAUUAGAUUUAUGUAAUGGUGGUAUAUUUUGGAGUUGUUGUGUACCAUUUGAAACAAUUUCAACAACAUCAACAACAGGACAAACAAAUCAAACAUCAAUUACGCCGGAUGAAGUUGUGGAUCCAGAAUGCGGUCGUAUAAUGUUGACAAGAAAUGCAAAAAUUGUUGGCGGUGAAAAUGCUCGAUUCGGCCAAAAUCCAUGGCAAGUUGCAAUUGUUAAACAUCAAUUUUUAAAUCAAAAAAUUUCCUGUGGUGGUGAUUAUAAUCUAAAAGCACAAACCGAACAAUAUAUACAUGAAGAAUAUAGUAUACGAAGAAAAGUUGUACAUGAAGGUUAUAAUCCAGCAACAUAUCAAAAUGAUAUUGCAUUAUUAGAGCUUAAUCAAGAUGUUAUUUAUCGUCCACAUAUAUUACCAAUUUGUUUACCACCAAAAGGAAGAAAUUUUACCGGUGAAAAAGCAACCGCUGUAGGUUGGGGCCGAACACAGUACGGUGUUUCAACAUCACCCGGUAUCCUACAGAAAGUUGAUGUUGAAGUUAUUGAUUCAGAUGAUUGUCAAGAAUGGAUGAAAAAUGCCGGUCGGAGAGAGAAAAUUUUCAACAAUAUGCUUUGUGCUGGUUAUAAAGAUGGUGGCAGGGAUUCAUGUCAAGGUUGUGGAAUCAAUCGAUAUAAUAAUGAAAUUCCAUUAACUGAACGUAUUGUUGGUGGUAAUCGUUCAUAUGAAGGUGAAUUUCCAUGGCAAGUUUCCAUACGAUUAACACAUCCACAAGCAGGUAAAGUUGGUCAUUGGUGUGGUGGUGUUUUAAUCGAUAAUGAUUGGAUUGUAACUGCUGCACAUUGUAUUAUCAAUCCAUUAUUUAUGUUACCACAAGCAAAACAUUGGGAAGUACGUGUUGGUGAAUAUCAUCAAAAAAUGGAAGAUGGCUAUGAACAAACAUAUCAAGUUGAACAAGUAUUUCAUUAUCCAUUAUAUAAAGGUUAUGAUAAUGAUAUUGCAUUAAUGAAAUUAUCUAAACCGGUUGAAACAUCUGAAUUUGUUAAACCAAUUUGCUUACCGCCAAGUAUUUAUACAGAAUUUUUUGAAAAAGAAUGUAUUGCUUCGGGUUGGGGAAAAUUAGAUCAUAAUAAAAAAGGAUCGGAUGUAUUACAAAAAGUACGAAUCAAAGUUUUUGAUAAUGCAUUAUGUCAACAGGCUUAUUUUUCUAAAUUUAAAAUCGGUAUUAAAAAUUGGCAUCUUUGUGCCGGCACCGAAGAUGAACGAGGUGGAAAAGGAACAUGUCAUGGUGAUUCAGGUGGUCCAUUACAAUGUAAAAUUGGUUCAACAUGGUAUUUGGCUGGUGUUACUUCAUUCGGUUCUGGUUGUGCAAAACCUGGAUUUCAUGAUGUAUAUACACGUAUUACACAUUUUAUGGAAUGGAUUAAUCAGCUUAGAUUUCUUUAUUGAUCCCUUUUUAAAACAAAAAACAAAACAAAAACGUCAUUAUCACCACCACCAUCA